UGCUAAAGAUAAGACAUGCAGUUUUGUGGUUUCUUAAGAAAAUGGAAAUACCGCUCCACACUAGAAAAAUGUUUAAUCAUCAUAGACCUCAUACUGAUUUUAAUGUUGAUAAUUCUUCUUAUAUCGUAUUUAUCUCAAGAUCCCGAAAAAUCAGUUUGCACCAACCCAGAGUGUAUAAAAGCCUCAAACCACAUACUGGAUAUGAUAGACGUAACCGUGGACCCUUGCGAAGAUUUUUAUAUGUUUACAUGCGGUACAUUUUUGAGAAAAGUGGACAACCCAAGAUCCUCUUUAACCCCAUUAUCAGAGUUGGCUAAAUCUCAACUCAGAAGCAUUGUAAUGAGUCCUGAAAACUCGAACUGCUCUAAAGGAGUAAAGCUACAACGACAAUUUUGGAGGAGUUGCGUGAAUGAGUUGGAUAUUGAGGAUGAUAACUCGGAAACAUUUUUGAGUCUUCUGGAUGAAAUUGGUGGUUGGCCACUACUAGCUCGUAGACCAUUUGAUGGCAAUUUCGACUGGAUUGAAGCUAUGUUGAAGUCUUCCAAAAUUGGUCUUGACUACGAUUUUUUUCUCAGCAUUAAAACCACUGUUGAUGUUAAUGAAACAGAAAAAAAUAUCCUAUUGAUAUCUCCUCCAUAUCAACAAAACCUAUUUAAAAUCGAGUACCCUGAAUCAACUGUUGAAACCAUGAAAGAUAUUGCGAAAAAUUUAGGUGCCUCAUCAUUAGGAGUAUCAGCUGAUAUUAGAAAUGUUGUAAAAUUCGCGGAAGAAUUCAACACAAUUGUUAAUAAAGCUUGGAAUACCAGCAAAGAUGACCCAGAUGAUCCAAUCCAAAACAUCAGCAUGUUAAACCAAAAAUACAUGCACAAAACUUGGAUUGCUUUGCUGAACGAUUUAACUGAUGGUAUUGUAAAAAUUGAAGACAAUUAUUUAGCAAUGUUUAAAUGUGAGGACUAUCUAAGAGACCUAUACUACUUGCUGGUCAGAACUGAUAAAAGAAUUCUUGCCAAUUAUGUGGGAUGGUAUCAAUUGUAUAAAAAUUAUAAUUUCCUUAAAAAGGACUUGAGGGAGAAAGUAAAAAAGGCAUUUAAUGUAAAAACAAACGAUUUAAAUAAAGAGCGAAAAGAGGAAUGUUUCUGGAUAUCAAGAAUAUUCUUUCCCUAUGUAGCUGAAGGAGGUUACAUACGAAAAUAUAUGGAUAAAAAACGCAUAGACGACAUAAAAAAAAUUCUACACAGCAUUAAGGAACAAUUUUUGAUGGCCUUCAAAUACAAUGAAUGGAUGGAUGAUAAUACUAAAAAAAUGUUACAGGAAAGAGCAAAAGAAAUUAGUGAGGGUAUAGGAUGGACGAACAUGGUUUAUGAUGAGGUCAAAUAUGAAGAAUUGUUGGAAAUAAAAAUGAGAAAGUUUAAAAAUAGCAGUUUGAUGAUGAUGACAACAGAAUUGAGGAGAAAUGAUAUGGUUAAACUAUAUGGUAGUCUUAAUAAGCACCAACUGGAUAUACAUUUACAAGCUGAGUUUCCCAUAAUUGAUAUAAAUGCAUACUUUAUUCAUGUAGCUAAUAUAUUAAUUCUACCAGCUCCUAUUAUUAGAGGUUUUAUUUUUGACAGCGAAAGACCAAAUUACUUAAAUUAUGGCGCUCUUGGCAGUAUAAUAGGCCAUGAAUUAACACAUAGCUUUGCAAUAAACACAAAUCUAAAGGACGAGUAUAACUAUACAUGGAUGACCAAUCAAUCAGAAGCAAUUUUCAACGAAAAAGUACGAUGUGUAAUAGAGGAAUAUAAUGAAUAUUUAAAAGAUCUCAACAUAGAAAAAGUUACCAAUACUUCAGGAGAAGUAGACGAGAACGUGGCUGAUAUAACAGGUCAAAUUAUGUCGUAUAGAUCGUACCAAGACUUCGUGCAAAAGUAUGGUAGUGAACCAAGUUUACCUGGUAUACACUUUACUCAAAACCAAGUGUUUUGGAUAAUGUCCAGCACAUAUUUUUGCUAUAAUCCGAAUAAACCUGGUGAGUUACAUAGUAGUAAACAUCAUUCUGAUUCGAGGCUUAGGGUUUUGGGUGCUUUAAGGAAUAACCCUUAUUUCGGUGAAGAUUUUGGUUGUCCUGUUGGGUCUAGGAUGAAUCCUGAAAAGAAGUGUUCUAUUUUUACCUAGAAAUUAUAAUAAAAUAAUGUUUUAUACGA